UCAUGUCAUAUCAAAAACAUUUUCCUUCUACUAUUUUGUUGUUCAACAAAGUUGUUUAGAAUGUUCCUUGCUGUAUAUUAUUAUGGAAAGUCACCAACCCGAACAUGACAAAAACGGGUUACCUGACACGUUUUGGAAGACCCCACAGCGCGUACCGGGCAGGCCCCAGCGGGGAGUGGAGGUUAUGUCUGGGUCCUCGUAUCAGCAGUUCCAGGCGUCCGUAAACGACGCCUGGGACCUGGGGGACGACGAGAUCAUAUCAGGGAUCGCGGAGACGAAGAUAUCGAAAGCCAUAUCGCAAACCGCCGCUUUGAACGUUAUAAAUUCGCAUAGGAAUAGUACUAAGAAUGUGAAGACAGUGAAGACUGAGGUUGAGGGUGAAAAGGAGGAGAAGAAAGUGCAGAAGGAGGAUGCCGUGCCGGUGAGGAGGAGUGAGGGGAGGCGGAGCGGCCCCGGGGGCAGCGCGGGGCCGCUGCGGCACUACCCGGGGCGGCCGCGGGCGGUGCGGCUCUCGGCGCUCACCUCUCGCGAGGAGAGCAGUGAGUCUAAGCUGGAGAGGUUCCAGCAGCUGCAUGACAGUGCCGUCAUUAACUUGGAUGAGCUUAAGCAACUCAGCUGGUCCGGAAUUCCAGUAAAGGCUCGUGCCAACACAUGGCGUCUACUAGCAGGCUACCUCCCAGCCAACACCGAGCGUCGAACCGAGACCCUGGAGCGCAAGCGGGCGGACUACAAGCACUUAGUCAGACAGUACUACGAUGCGGAGAGAGACGAUGACACUUACAGGCAGAUACAUAUUGAUAUACCGAGGAUGAGUCCAUUGGUAGCGCUGUUUCAGCAACACACAGUUCAGGUGAUGUUCGAACGCAUCCUCUACAUCUGGGCGAUCCGUCACCCCGCCUCUGGGUACGUGCAAGGCAUCAAUGACCUUGUCACUCCAUUCUUCAUGGUGUUCCUACAAGAAGCCAUCCCUGGUGAAGAACUAGAUAACUACCCGCUGGAUAAACUAGAGGAAGCACAGAGAGAUGUUAUAGAAGCGGAUUCUUUUUGGUGCCUAUCGAAGUUUCUGGACAGUAUACAGGAUAAUUAUAUAUUUGCACAGCUUGGGAUUCAAUAUAAGGUGAACCAGCUGAAGGAGCUGAUCCGCCGCAUCGACCUGCCGCUGCACACGCACCUGCAGCACCACGGCGUCGACUACCUUCAGUUCUCCUUCCGCUGGAUGAACAACCUGCUCACCAGGGAGAUCCCCCUGCCCUGCACCAUCCGCCUGUGGGACACCUAUCUGGCCGAGUCUGACGGCUUCGCUACCUUCCAGCUAUAUGUCUGUGCAGCAUUCCUUCUCCACUGGCGCGAGCGUCUCAUGCUAGAACGCGACUUCCAAGGGCUCAUGAUCCUCCUGCAGAACGUACCAACACAGAAUUGGACGGACUCCAACAUCAGUGUACUGGUGGCGGAGGCCUACCGGUUAAAGUUCGCGUUCGCUGACGCCCCGAACCAUCUCAACGCGGGCAAGUCGGACAGGUGACGGGGCGAUGUCGGAUAAUCAGGUUUCUGUAUGUGACUACUGUGUAUUGCAAGAUUUUAUGAUACUGUACACUUCUAAAACUCAACUGUUGCAAGAUUGUAAGACACUGUGACAAUUAUAAACAGAAAUAGAUACCAUACACUAAAGAAAAAGCGAUCAACCACACUGGUGGCGAAGCCGGGAAUCGAACCCGGGUCUCGCGGCUACUCUAAAGCAAUGUUUUUUUCUCCAAAAAGUACUAAGACAGAACUGGACGGACUUCAACAUACUAGUGGUAGAGGACUACCGGUUAAAAUUCGCCUUCGCUAAUGUCCCGAACCUUCUCAACGCGGACAAGUCGGACAGGUGACGGGGCGAUGUCGGAUAAUCAGGUCUCUGUAUAUAACUACGAUUUUAUGAUACUGUACACUUUCAAACCUCAACUGUUGCAUGAUUGUAAGAUAUUGAACACAUCUAAAACAAUGUUUUUUUUUCUCCAUAAAGUACUAACGCAGUAAAUAGACAGAUUCUAAUAUCAGCGUAUUAGUAGAUUUAGUAGCGGAGGCCUACCAGUUAAAGUUCGCCUUCGCUGACGCCCCGAACCAUCUCAACGCGGGCAAGUCGGACAGGUGACGGGGCGAUGUCGGAUAAUCAGGUUUCUGUAUGUGACUACUGUGUAUUGCAAGAUUUUAUGAUACUGUACACUUCUAAAACUCAACUGUUGCAAGACUGUAAGACACUGUGACAAUUAUAAACAGAAAUAGAUACCAUACACUAAAGAAAAAGCGAUCAACCACACUGGUGGCGAAGCCGGGAAUCGAACCCGGGUCUCGCGGCUACUCUAAAUCAAUGUUUUUUUCUCCAAAAAGUACUAAGACAGAACUGGACGGACUUCAACAUACUAUAGUAGUGGAGGACUACCGGUUAAAAUUCGCCUUCGCUGAUGUCCCGAACCAUCUCAACGCGGGCAAGUCGGACAGGUGACGGGGCGAUGUCGGAUAAUCAGGUCUCUGUCACCAUUUUUGUAUUGCAAGAUUUUAUGAUACUGUACACUUCUAAACCUUAUGAUCUUCAAAACGUUGAACUCAAAAGGACUCCAAAAUGGCUACAUUUGACGACUGCUAUUUUCAAUAUGAUGCUGUAAUCUUAUAAUUUUGUGAAGGGGCCAUACAAACCAAGACGCUUCGCCUUAUAAAGAUAGACAUUUAAAG